AAUCGAGCCGGUCCAUCUCUCUCUCUCUCUCUGGGAUAUAUGUAAAAGAGAGGCGAAGGAAAGUAGCAGCCAUAGUAGUUUCUCUCUGAGCCUUAUUCCACGACUCAAAAAUGUCUCGACGGGAGGCUCGAGAAUCUGACUCCAAACGCCACCGUUCCAAGUUCGACCGUGAACCCAGUCCUAAGAGAUCAAGAAGGGAUGGAAAACCAGCCACUGAGAGGCCGUCUAGCAACCUUAAUUUGGAUGUUGGUGACCAUUCAGACCGGGAUCAGAAGCACCGUCGACGGCUGCAAGAUGUUUUACCUCUUGAGGCCCCGCCAGCACUAGAUUCUAAGGUAGAAACUGGGGCAGGGAACAAAGAAAUUGACAAGAAAACCAAUGGACAGCAUGAAGGAACCAAAAAUUCUUCCAAUCCUACUGAAGCAUCCCGGUCUCGAUCGUAUUUCCAGCACAAUGAGCGUGGUAAUGCCGGGCAAGCUGGUCGAACCACUAGUCGCGGAACAACUACUGAGCGUGGAUGGAGGGACUCAAAGGAUCAACAUAGUGACAGGGCAACAGAGAAGACAACUCCUCGUGAUACAGAGAAAAAAGAUGAGAAAUCCCAAGCUCGGGGCAGUGCCAAUCGUGUUUGGCGCCAUGACUAUGAAGUAGAGGCAGGUCAACAACCACCGGUAAGGAAAAGACCUUCAUUUAGAGAGAAAAAGAUUGAAGUGAACUCUGAAAACACUGACAAAGUCAGAACUGAGCCUGUGAAGCCAAGCCGUCCUGAUCGGCCUUUGUUAGAAAGCGAAAAAAGGGAAGAAAGAGGAGGCCACAACCCGCUAGAAAAGCCAUUUGUAAGGGAUGGGGAGGCAAACAGGGGAGAAGCACCGAGGGGUAGCUUUCCAUCAAGAGAUAGGUAUGGUGGUAGUGGCAGUAGUUACAGGGGAAGAGAGAGAUCCAAUGGAGGGAGGCGAGGGUAUCAUCCGAGUGGUGGUGUACGUGUUGAGAAAUGGAAACAUGACCUGUAUGAGGAGGCUAACAGGAGUCCAACCCCAAAGAAUGAAGAGGAUCAGAUUGCAAAGGUUGAAGCACUCCUGUCUUCUUAGAUAUAUAUGCAAGUUGCUCUGAGGAGUUGUAGUCUGUUUGUCAUCAUUUGCAUCGCUGCUGGUGUUUGUUUUCUGUUCUGCCAAAAUGUUUUUGUUGAUUUGAAGAAACACUGAACAUGUUUGGUUAUUGUUUCAACUUAUGGCAUUGUGUUAUUGAGUCAAAUCGAACUUUUUGAUGUAUUGUCAUGGAAUGGCAAGGAUGCUUGUACUACAUUUUGAAUUCUAAAUCCUGUUUUGAGUGAGUCUUUUUCUGCC